AUGCAACAAUAUUCUCUAUGGAUGUCUGAUUACUAUCGAAUUCGACGUCUUUCAGAGUUGGCCUUUCCUCUUCUCGACCUGUUGCGAUGUUUGGUGCGUUGGCAUAGUGCUUCUGAUGCUAUUUUUCAACCAUCAACAUGGUCAGCAAUCUUGCACGCCUCGGGUCUAGAUCUUUUGAAGAUGGAUGUCGCAGCCUCCCCAACUCUUUCUCCAGCUGAGUUGAACUGCAUCCUUUUUCUCUUCCGCCUCCUAGCAAACGCCGUUGCCUCGGACACUUGUAGGGUAAAGCCUGGCUUCUCUGUACCCCCCUCCCUGCCCAUCAUCUUGGAGGAGGCCAGACGUUUUGUCAAACUCGUCGAUUCACCCGUUCUGAAUAUUUUCGAUAGAAAGAAGAAUCAUCUGGUAGCUCUAGCAACUCUGAUGCACAACCUGACAGUUGUUGCUUACCAAACCAUCAGCACUCACAACGCCAUCGUCACCGCAAUACCUACCUUACGGGGCUUGCCGGGGUUGUGCGUGCGAAUGACAACUAAUCUACUGCUCUUCACUGCUCCUACAGGUACAGAAUCGGUCACCCACUACCCGCCAGAGGUUCCGCUCCGACUUCUCAUCGCCCUUGCCACCGCUGUGAUCUCUUCUGCUCCAGGCCCUACUGAAGGAACACCACUAAGUACAGAGUCGGAGGCCGCAUUACGAUUGCGCCGAGCUUGCCUUAUUGGGAGCGCAGCCACCGCAAGUGGGUCCUCUGAGGCAGAUGCGGAUGUGCUGAUGGGUUGGGAACGAAUUCGUGAUGUCAUACACUUCUGGACGCAGUGCAAAAUCGCCCAGGCAUCCAUUCGAGGGUGUGCAAGUGAAUUACUCAGGUUGUUGGAGUAG